AGUUUUCCAGGGACACAGCUUAGAAAAAUGCAGGCCUCAUGUGUCACCAACUGCUGACCCACCGCCUUGAUGACAGCACCCCUGUGCACCUUCCCAGUUCAGUUCCGGCAGCCCUCAAUCAGCGGCCUCUCACAGAUCACCAGAAGCCUGUACAUCAGCAAUGGUGUAGCUGCCAACAACAAGCUCUUGCUGUCCAGCAACCAGAUCACUUCAGUCAUCAAUGUCUCAGUAGAGGUGGUAAAUACCAUCUAUGAGGAUAUCCAGUAUACACAGGUGCCUGUGGCUGACGCACCCAUCUCCAAGCUCUAUGACUUCUUUGACCCCAUUGCCGACCACAUCCACAAUGUGGAAAUGAAGCAGGGCCGUACACUGCUACACUGUGCCGCUGGCGUGAGCCACUCAGCCACUUUGUGCCUUGCCUACCUCAUAAAGUACCAUGCCAUGUCCCUGCUAGAUGCCCACACAUGGACCAAGUCAUGCCGGCCCAUCAUCCGACCCAAUGCUGGCUUUUGGGAGCAACUCAUCCAUUAUGAGUUCCAGCUGUUUGGCAAGAAUACUAUACACAUGGUCAGCUCCCCAGUGGGAAUGAUCCCUGACAUCUAUGAGAAGGAUGUCCAUUUAAUGAUUCCACUGUAAAUCAUCUCCUAGGCCCCUGCUUUGGGUCCAAGUACAGACCUAUUGUUGAUCCUAUAUCAGGAUCUGAACUUGAAGGAUCUUUGUUGAUACAGGAAUGUACUAGAUGAUACCUUUUAUAAGGGAAAAAAAAAGAAAGUGAUACCACAGCUUUCAACUUUGUAACCUAUAUCUUUAAAGAUUAAACUUGAUUGUUAGAGGUGAAGAUAAAUUUUCUACCCUAUGAGUGGCAGGCCAUGGCUGCUGGCCAGAGGGUGAAAUAAGGCAGGUGGUACACUGGAGAGAAACCAGAGCACCAGCGCCUGGAAUCCUGCUGCCCUUCGCUAGACUGAACAACUCAUAAAUGAGACUGCCACAAUCCUACUUUGUUCCUUCCAACCCAAAACCAGAGCCUUAAGCAUCAUGGCACCCCCUGAACUUUUUACAGUAAGUGCCAACCUACUGGAUA